AUGUCGGCCGGGGGCGCGCAUCUCAAGGAUGAAGGCACCAGGCGCCAGGUCGUGCUGGCCGGCGGCGCCGCCGGCCUGAUCUCGCGCUUCUGCGUGGCGCCGCUGGACGUCGUCAAGAUCCGCCUACAGCUGCAGAUUCACUCGCUAUCGGACCCACCGUCGCACAGUCCAGUGGCAGGACCUGUGUAUAAGGGGACCUUGUCGACGAUGCGGGCUAUUGUGCGGCAGGAAGGGAUAACAGGCCUCUGGAAAGGCAAUAUACCGGCUGAAAUGAUGUAUGUCUGCUACGGCGCGAUCCAAUUCACCGCAUACCGCAGCACAAAUCAAGCCCUAGCCCAGCUGGAUCCGCACCGGCUCCCGCCGUCCGCGGAAUCGUUCAUCUCCGGCGCCGUGGGCGGCGGGUUGGCCACCGGAGCAACGUAUCCGCUCGAUUUACUACGCACCAGAUUUGCAGCACAGGGAACGGAACGGAUAUACCGGUCUCUGGGGAGCUCGAUUCUCGAGAUUGCGCGUCAUGAAGGCUUCCCUGGAUUCUUCCGUGGCUGCUCCGCAGCCAUCACGCAGAUCGUGCCGUACAUGGGUUUAUUUUUCGCGACGUAUGAGUCGCUAAGACCUGUAACGGCGCAUUGGGAACAGCUUCCCUUUGGCACUGGCGAUGCGGCUGCGGGUGUUUUGGCUAGCGUGCUGGCUAAAACUGGCGUGUUUCCGUUGGAUCUUGUACGGAAGCGAUUGCAGGUGCAGGGUCCGACACGUACGCGCUAUGUUCAUCGCAAUAUCCCCGAGUACCACGGCGUAUUACGAACCAUUGCUAUGAUCCUGCGUACGCAGGGCCCGCGCGGUCUGUACCGUGGCUUGACAGUUAGUCUGUUCAAGGCGGCGCCAGCGAGUGCAGUUACCAUGUGGACGUAUGAGCAUGCGUUGAAAUUGAUUCAGGAAAUGGAGCUGGCUAUGGAGGCAUAG